AGGAAAUUAAAGAUUUUUUAGCGUUUCCGUAACACAACAUAAAAAUAGGAAAAGAAUUUUUUUAAAUCAGUUUAUUGUUUUAAACUUUAAAAUGCUUCUUCCGUUACGCCUGUAAUUCUAUGCAAAAUAGCGCUAUUUAAAUUUGCCUACGAAUCAGAAUCAUAUUUUUGGUUCCGGUGUCUUGGCAAUAUCCUUAACCUUUAUAACUCUCAUCAUUGCGAGGAAAUCAAUAUCUUACUUGGUUCUCUUGUAUAGCGUGGCAAAUUAAGGUAUCAAGACAUGAUUAACUACAGCGUAUAUAUGCUUUUUAUCUAUUUUGUUACGAGUGAACCAACAUUAACAAAAGAACCAAUUUUAGAAAUCGAAGAAGUUAAAAGUAGCAUAAUUAAAGAGUGGAUUUUGGCCCAGGAACCUACGUUAAAACGGAAAAAAUUAGUGAAACCAAUAUUAAAAAAUAAAGAUACACCUUACCAAACAAAGUAUUGGUCAAAUUGUCGUUUAAUUUAUGCGCGUCGUAGAAACGGCAUGAAUCUUGGUAUUAUUAACAAAAAAGUUGCAGGAAUGAAAAAAGAUAAUGACAUCAAUGGGCUAUUUGAGAUUCAAUCUUACGCUACAAGCAUCGUCAUGCUGAGGCAUUUCGCUACAGAAAAUUAUAUAGCCAUUAAUGAAAAAGGAGAAAUAAUAGUAACGCCUUCCAAAAAUGACGAAUGUUUAUUCUAUCAUUACAUGGAAGAAAACGGUUACGUAACAUUUGCUUCAGUAAAAUACUAUAUAAAUGAACAUUACGAUUUAUUUUUAAAUUUAAAAGCUAACGGGAAAGUUCGCGAUGUAAGGCGUACAGCACCUGGUCAAACGUCAUCACAGUUUAUAUUAAUACCAUCAGAUACAAACAAAAGUUGCAUCCGAUGAAUAAAUUAUAAAUAAAAAAUUAUCUACAUUUUUUUAUAUUUUAGCAUUCCUUAUAAACAAUAUAUUAGUAUAGUUUUUACUUUUUAACCAAAAAAAAUUAACUGUAAAUAUUUAUUUAUUUUAUAUCUUAAAAUGCAUGUAAAUAUAUUUAUUUUGCAAACAGAAAGAAAAAAACUUUAACAAUAUCCAAGUCUCGUCAUGUCUCCAUAU